AUGAGGCGUAGAUUUGGUGCAGGUGGUGUGGCCGUUCGUGAACGACAACAUCAACUCGAGCGACUGGCACUACAAAGAGGCCGCCAUUAUGGUGUUCGGCUGCCUCCUGCAGGGCCCCGACCCCUACUUCAUGGCGGACAUCGUCAAGUCGGGCACCUCCAUGCUGCUCACCAUGAUCCUUUCCGACCCCUCCGUCGCCGUCCGCGACUCCGCCGCCUGGGUCCUCAGCCAGAUCUGCGCGCGCUUCCUCCAGGUGAUUCCCUCCGAGCUCACGCACCCGCUGCUCGACUGCCUCGUCGCCGCGCUCGACAUGCAGCCGCGCGUCGCGCAGCACGCCGCGGCGGCGCUCUCCGCGGUCUGCGACGGCGUGGCGAACUCGCCGUCCAGCGAGCUGCUGCAGCCCUACCUGGAAGUGCUGCUGAACAAGCUGCUCGGCUGCGCGCGGCGCAUGGACAGCGCCAGCAACCAGCUCCGCGAGAGCGCGGCGUACGCCCUGAUGAGUUUGAUCGCGUGCGCGGGUCCGGGCAGCGAGGAGCUGCUGGUGGGGUUCUAUCAGUUCGUGCUGCAGCAGAGCGAGAACGUGCUGGCGGCGCAGGUUCCGGGGAGCGACAUGGAGCAGGCGUUCUUGCUGCAGCGGUUCUACUGCAUCGCGCUGGUGGCGCUGCUGGAGCGACUGAAGAGCCUGGUGAAGAUCGAGGUGGACCGGAUCGCGACGCUGGCGCUGCGAAUCCUGGAGAGCAACAACACGUCGGCGCACCCGCAGGCGAUUCUGCUGUACCAGGCGUUGGUGAUCAACACGGGAAUGGACGCUCUGCGCUACAUGAACGAUUUCUUGUCGUAUAUCGUGAUGGCGAUCUCGCAGCCGAACGACGUGUCCACGUGCCGCUGCGCGAUCAACUGCUUCAGCGACAUUCUGCUGACGAUCGGCAGCAGCGAGGGCUCGCAGGAGCAGCAGCAGUGCGCGGUGCAGAUCCAGAAAGUGCACAACAUGCUGAUUAAGAGCGUGGUGGAGAGUCUGAAGAGCUCCAACACGCCGAGCGACAUUCUCCCGGACCUCUUCACCUGCCUGUCCUGCUUCUACUGGGAGAUGAAGGAGCUGAUUCUGCCGUUCACGCAGGAGAUUCUGGAGAUCUCGUACGUGGCCUCCA